AUGGAGCUGACAUUUUUACCAAGGCCUAUUGCUGUGCCAGUGUCCACAUUUGGAGGUAGACGGAUCGGGCGAGCAGAGCUGCCGCGAUCAGGUGCGCCUUUCUUGGACGCCAAAACCAUCGCUGCGCGAGGUCUGGGUUCUGCGGGUUCUGCCGCUGCUGCGACCCUGGGCACACUGUGGGUAGCAGGUGUGAGACGACGGAGGCGUUGCAAGACAUGGCGCCAUGCCACAGAUGAAGAAGAUUUCGAUUAUGGAGCUGGGAAGGACUAUUGGGACAAGCGCUACCAGGCUCGAUCUAUCAGGGAGCCAGUUGGAGCAUGGUCAGGCGCUGUGCUCAAAAGGGCGAAAGGUGAAACUUUUGAAACUUGCAAAAGAAACAAAACCACCAGUUGGGACUCUGAACUUGUGAGAUACCGGUACUUCAAACCCUCAUCCCAGACCAACCCAGACCAACAAGUUUCCUGCACCCUUGGUGCACCAUGAGCCCAGAACGAGAUCGGCAACACGUA